AGAGAGGAGAGCCUGUCCCCCUUUGUCUGCUACUGCUGCGGCUGAGCGGCCCGGGAAAGGGGGCGUGGCCAGGCAGCAGCGAAGGCGGCUCCUCGCGCGGACUAGUUGCUUGUGGAGACUCCAGCUGGCGCCGCCGCCGCCACAGCCAGCAUCGGGGCGGACCAUGUUCCGAGGAAGCUGGGGACAGCCAGGCAGCCGCGCGGGCUCCGCCACCCCAGGGAGCUGGAACUGGUAACGCGCCCCAAGCUGCUGCUGGGGGAGGCCCCUCCCCAGCCCCCCAGAGACGAAGCCACGCCGGGGGGCAGCAGCAACCUCAGCACCAGCUUCACCGCCAGCUCGGCGAGGAGCACCAACAACAACAGCGCCAGCAGCAGCAGCAGCAGCACCUCGGGGUCCAGCAGCACCAUGGAUCUCUCCUUUAUGGCCGCGCAGCUUCCAGUUAUGGGAGGAGCCUUCAUGGAUUCGCCCAACGAGGACUUUAGUACGGAAUACUCCUUGUUUAAUUCCUCUGCCAAUGUCCACGCAGCUGCUUCGAUGCCGAACCAGCCUGAAGACGCCUCCCGUUCUUCAAACGACGCCAUUUUGUUAUGGAUUGCAAUUAUAGCCACAAUUGGAAACAUAGUUGUUGUCGGAGUUGUGUAUGCCUUCACAUUCUGAGAAGAAAGGACAACAGCUCGGGGAGGUGGACAGUUGCUGUUUCAUCAGCACAGAGUGUGUGUAUGUAUGUAGAUAUAUAUAUGCGCACAUGCCUAUAUACAAAUGUAAAUCUUUUUAAAUAUUUGUAGGUAGACCCUUGUUAGCUAAGAACAAGCUUAACCAAUAGGUGACCAAAAGAUAAAUGGGGGGGAGCCACCCUUGAAGUCCUUUGUAAGUGAUGUGGGGAGGAAGCAUCUCAUUAACAGCAUAAUCAAUUAAAUGUAAAGUUUAACAUGAAAAGCCAGUGAAUUUAUACUUUGUCAGAUCAUUGGUCCAUCUAGCUCGCUAUUGUCUUACUGACUCAGCAGAUCUCCAGGAUUUCAGAUAGAGGGACUUUCCCCCGUCCCCUACCUGGAGAUGCCAGGGAUUGAUCCUGAGACCUGAAUUCAAAGCAGAGGCUUCAUGACUGAGCUACGGCCUUUCCCCAUAAUGCAAACUGCAACGCACACAAAAGAAAAGGCAGGUUUGCUCACCAAGGGCUCUGAUGCUUGCUGGCUAGUGAAUUUGUUGCUUAUCUCAUUUCUCUAUGGUUUUAAGUAUCUAAUUACUCCUGAAUUGGAGCUUUGUACAUGAAUACCUGCCUCCUCAGGUUCUGCAGCGAUAUCUUUCCUUGCCCUCUGUAGGCACUGGACAAGUAGACAUGCAGAACUGGUUUGAAUUUUUAUUUUAAAAUGGCAGGAAGGUUCUGGCAAGGCAGCAUGUGGAGAGUAGCCCUUUUUCGUUGUCCAUUACAAAGGCACAUUGAAAUAUUACAACUGGUUUUGUAGAUAUGGUUACUUUCCUAGCAGUUCAUCCUGCCGGAGAAAGAAAAUGACUCAGGUGUCUAGAAAGUUGUACGAUCCAGUUGCAAAAAUCUGAAAACCCUGGGUCUGGAAGGAUAACAUGGUGGAAGUUCAGGAUCUGGUAAUGAAAUAGAGGCUUGCAACAAUAUUGAUAGAUAUUCUUGGUUACGUGGGGAAACAUAAUGGUGACAGCCCCAAAGCCACUCUCCCAUGCACAGAGAGAUUCUGAUGUCUUCUUCUAACCCAGCUGCAUUGACCAAAGUCUGUGAUGGUCUAGAACAGAAUGAGAUGUUAUUAUGUGUCUGUGGCUCAGAAACCAAUGCCACUCUUUCACCAGGUCCAUAGAGAUAUUCAUAUAAAAACUCAUGUCAAAGGGAAUUAGGAGAAGGCCUUUUUUUUGCUGUUGUUCUAAACCAGGGAUAGAGAACCUAUUCUUCUGGCUCCAGUUUCCAGCAGACCCAGCCAGCAUGGGCAAUAGACAGGGAUGAUGGGAGUUGUAGUCCAGCACCAUAUGGAGGGCUCCAGUUGUCCACUCACUGCUCUACACUCACUGCCGUGGUUGCCACCUUCUACUUCUCCUCUGAGUCAUCAUUGCUCCCACCUGCUUGCUUGUCAGACACAGUCAAAGAGCAAUCAGACAGUGACGGCUGGUUAUCAGCAUCACUACUGCAGCGCAUAGAGGUCCAAAGGGAGUGGUGUAGUGGCCCAUGGAGAUGUCACCGAUCUGUUACCAUUCCUCUUGUAGGGUCCCUGUCUCCAGUGUCCUACAGUCACCCAGUCAGCGUGAAAGGGGAGCUUUUGUAGCCUCUGUAUGCUCUCAAGCUAAGCAUUUAAGGACACCAAGAACACAAGGUGCUUCAGUUUCAGGAGAAUGUUGUGAAAUGGAACUUCAUGGGGGGAAAACACAACUCAAGUCACUCUGAAAGAAGAUACUGGAACACUCCAGAUCAUUUGCCUGUGGACAUGCAUAGAAAAUGGUAGUUCUAAAAAAUUAAUAUUUUAGAAGGUUAUAUAAUUGUAGAAGGGAUAUAGCUGUGGGGGGGCAUGGCUAGGACUAGCAGGAAGGGACCCUGCACUUCUAAAUUUGUCACUACACUCCUGGCCAAAGGUUCUCCGCCCCAGUUCCAAGCCAUCGUUUGUACUGCUUAUAUGUCAUCUACCUCUUCCCAUUCCCAAAGCUCACCCCACAUUUCAGACCUUAUGUGAUUAUUCCUCAAGAGCGUCUGUAUUAUUUUUCUGGCCAACUUUCUGGCUCUGCACACUUGAGUGGCUGCUGUUAUAAGCAGGUUAAUGAGCGUUCUCCCUGCAUUAGCAACAUGGUUUCAGUUAGCAUGUCAUAUAAAAAGAUAAUCAUGACAAAUGCUAUGAAAGUGCACUUUGUGUUUUUAUUUAUUAUCAUUUUUUGCAGUCGAAUAUUUCAGUGUUUCCAAAAGUGGAUGUAGAAAUCUUGGUGAACAUUUCCUGUGUUGCAUUUGGAAAUGCUGUGAAGAAUAAGCUGUUAAUAAGCAAUGGCCUGAUUCUCGGGAUCAUUGCACUGUGGUUGUUGCAUGGAAGGCAGAGUCAGAGGCUGCAAUCCUGUGCACAUAUCUUCCUGGGAGAAAGCCCCAUGGUGAGAAAAAUGCUCAUAGGACUGGACCGGGAAACUUCUGUCAUAAAUAACUGCAGAGAUAAAGAUGGAGGAUGCAGUUAAACCUCUAAAAAUGAUGGAAGAGGUAUCAGUAGAAGGAAAAUAUCAGUACGGCUAGUGAAUAUUUAUAGGCAUCGUCUAACUCCCCCCCCCCCAUUUAUACAACAGGCCUACCUUUCAAACAGUUGACUAGCAAUACAUCUUCUCUUGCCUUACCAUUAUUUUCCAUCAAGUCAUCAGUCAUCAUUUGUUCAAGCAGCACAUUUGCAAAGCUAAGCAGGGUCUGGUCUGGUUUCAAAUUGGAUGGGAGACCGAGUGUUGAGAUUCCUGCAUUGCAGGAAAUAGGACUAGAUGACCCUCAGGAUCCCUUCCAACUCUAUGAUUCUGUGAGUCUGCUGCUCAAACCCAAAUUUCCCCAGUUCACCCCUCCCCCGUCAGUUCCCAUUCCAAACCACUAAUGAAAACUAAAUGACUUUAGUUUCACGCUCCUGAGAGCUUUUUUUGUUUUGUUGCAAGCCUAUUGCUAGCUUCAUGAUUAGAUUGAUUAGAUAUUCAUAGGAGUUUCAGCAGCUCUGGCACAUUUUUGCAGCGAAAACAAACUUUGCACCGUCAAUAAGAGAGAAAACCAUUUCACCAUGGUUACACACAAUUGUACUUAUUUUAUUUUAUUUUUACCCAGUGGGCUCCCUGUGCUGCUUGAUGAAUUUGCUGAUAACAAUGCUUCGCUUGAGCUAAUUUGUGGGUUUUAAUCUAAGUGCAAUUAACAGUGUUUGUGUUUGUUUGCCGACGGACUAGACCAAAUUUUAAAAGAACAUUCAGCCUUGGAAAAAAAGAGCAGACUAAAACAAAUUGUGGAGAAAAGAACCAGGCUGUCUUUUUAAAGAGCGGGAGAUGUAAUUGCAUUGCAUGAGUGUACUGUUUUCAGAAAACAAGGCAGAGAAGUAGUUCUUAUCUCUCUCCACCCCAUAUUUUCCAUAUUCACGGUUUGCUAAUAUUAUUAGUAAUGGUCUCACAUAACUCGAUUACUGAUUUAAGACCAAACUGCUACUAAUAUUCUGUGGUAUUGCUUCCCACAAGAGCAGUGAUGGCCGCCAACAUGAAUGGCUUUACAAUUAGACAAAUUGAGGAUAAGGCUCUCAAAGGGUUAUAUCUGACUAAAUUCUACUCAGAGGAGAAUUGUUGAAAUUAAUGGACUUAGGAAGGGGCAAAUGAAAUUGACCAUCCUAGUUCAGUGAUUUGUUGUGUGUUUUUCCCUCCUAUGAAUGCUUCCUCUGCGGUAUCCGAGAGAUAUU